AUGGAAAGUCCUAAUGUUAACAAUUUAUCCUUGCAAGAGGAAGAUGAUGAAGGAGGGUUCUUCUUUGAUGUGACGGAAGAUGGGGAAGCAGCAAGUGAUUUACGACUUUGUCUUGUUGGAAGGUUCUUAUGUGAUAAACCGAUCCAUGUCAUGUCGAUGAAGAAGCGAGUGGCAGAUAUGUGGCGACCAGUUAAGGGGGUCACCAUCAAGAAAGCUCUGGACGGGCUGUUUUUGUUUCAGUUUUCUCAUCGGUUAGAUAUGGAGGCGGCAUUGAAGGGAGGUCCCUGGUCCUUUGGUAGUCAUUUACUGAUUAUUGAGAGAGUGCAAAUCGGAGUACAACUUGAGAAUAUUCCCCUUUUUCAUGUUGAGUUUUGGGUGCAGAUCCACAAUCUUCCGGCGGGUUUGAUGUUGGAAAGAGUCGGGAAAACAAUAGCAAACUACAUCGAUACAUUUGUGGAGUAUGAUAAAAAUAAUAACUCAAGUUUGUGGAGGCAGUAUAUGCGUCUGAGAGUCAAAGUUGAUGUCCGACAACCCUUAAAGAAAAAUACUAGGGUGAAAAAUAAAGGCGGUGAGUGGUACACAGUCAUUUUUAAAUAUGAAAAUCUGAGUCUAUUCUGCUUUGUUUGUGGAAUAUUGGGUCAUUCGGAACAAAGAUGUGAAGUCCGAUUUGCAAUGGAGGAGGAUAAUGGUGUUAGGGGAUGGUCCAAUGAGAUUAGAGUGGAAAAUAGGAGAUAUGCUAGUAACUCAAGUUCAAGGUGGCUGAAAGAGGAAGGAGAUAGUGGUGAUAGCAAACAACAGAAUGUCCCAACUUUUUCUACGGGAAGUGUACCCCACGCGCAGCAUACAGAAGGUGGAGAAGUCAAUGCCAGGGAGGGGGCCCACAUGAGAUUGUUGUGA